AUGGAAGGAGAAAAUAUGAGUUUCCCAAAUGUAUUUGUCUUGUUGGGCUUCUCAGAUCAUCCAUGGCUUGAGAUACACCUCUUUGGGGUGGUGCUAGUGAUAUACAUCCUGACACUGAUAGGAAACAGCUUCAUCAUCCUUAUCACUCUGAUGGAUCCCAGACUCCAGACUCCUAUGUACUUCUUCCUAGACAAUCUUUCUGUACUGGACCUCUGUGCCACCACCACCAUUGUGCCCCAGCUGCUAUCCAACCUCUGGGGACCAAAAAAGACAAUUGCUUACUGGGGCUGCAUCACACAGGCCUACCUUUUCCACUGGACAGGAUGCACUGAAUGUGCCCUGCUGGCAGUGAUGGCCUUUGAUCGUUAUGUAGCUAUCUGCCAGCCACUCCAGUAUACCCUCAUCAUGUGUCCCCAGCUGUGUGUGCAGCUGGCAGCUGCAGCCUGGUCCAGUGGCUUAGCCAAUUCUCUACUCCAAGCUACCCUCACCCUCCAACUUCAAUGUUGUGAUCACCACACCCUAGACCACUUCUUCUGUGAGAUGCCUGUUCUGAUCAAGCUGGCCUGUGAAGACACCACUGCUAAUGACUUGUCUUUAGCCAUGGGAGCCAUCCCUUUUGUACUUGUGGCUCCAUUUUUUGUAUUGAUUUCCUAUACCUACAUUGUCAGGGCAGUGCUGAAGUUAUCUUCAGCUGAAGGAAGGUGCAAAGUUUUCAGCACUUGCAGCUCCCACUUGGUUGUCAUCGUGAUGUUCUAUGGACCAUCCAUCUACAUGUACCUCCAACCCCUAGCCAACAGAUCCCAAGCCAAAUUCAUGUCCUUCUUCUAUUGUGUUAUCACUCCUCUGUUGAAUCCACUCAUCUACACAUUGAGAAACAAGGAUGUGAAGCAGGCACUGAAGAAGAUCCUACAAUCUCAGGGAAGGAUAAAAUCCUCAAAAGUGUAA